AUGCCGGCAACGCUCACGAUCGCAGUCUUCCGCGGGGACCCCCUCGACUGGGCGAUUUACCGACACACAGCGCUUCACGUGAGAUAUAUAGACGGCGAAGACCAAAUAUUGCACGUCACCGGUGCGCAUCCCUUUUUCGAAUAUUCACCUCAAUCUGGUACCCCAGCGGACACGGGAUUGAAGAUAGAAGCUCUUAUUACGGUUUCCAAUCCAUCAGAUGAGAUCACCAAAAGUAUGAUCGAGAAGGCCUGUGUCCAAAUACCAGUACGAAAUGAUCCUCAUCACCAGGAUUGGAAUUGUCACAACUGGGUCGGCGAGGCCCUUACAGAAUUGGUAGCUAUUGGUUGCCUUACUGAGGAGCAACGCUCACAAGGGAUCACUCAGAUGGUGGAUGCUUGUCUUGAAGCCGAGGAGGAGGCCGAAUGA